GAGCCUGGGACUAGCUGAGUACAUUGCUGAGAGCGAGAAGCAGUGGGUCUGCGUGGGAGGUUUGGAAGAAGGAGAGACAGAUCUGAUGAGCUGGGCUCGGAAGCGUGGUUGGUGUGGGGGGCUCUGAGGCUGACUGAGGAGACUAAGGGAGGAGUCUGGCAGUGGGAGCCAGCAAAGAGCUGGCUUUUGCACGGGGAAGGCUGAACAGCAGAAUCGAGGUGAGAUCUGAUGAGCAUUUGGGAAGCUGGAAAACAGGAUUUGCUGGGCAAGCUGACUGGGAAUGAUACGACAACGGCUUUUGGAGGUGAGGUUGCUCUUAGGUGAUUUUCUUCGUUGGAGAACUUGUAUUACACAGAACUCCGUAUUGAGGUAUCCCAUCAGAAAACAUCUUCAGAAGAAGCCUUUGGACUUCACCUUUAGAAAAGCAGAUUUCCACUUUAGAGAUCACGUCAUCCUCCUUCCUGUAAAAAUAAUAUGAACCAGAAGGUGUUAGUUUUCCUUCUCCCAAAUUUUAUUUUUGGGAUAUUUCUUUUUGGGUUUUUCUGUAGGAGACAAAAAAACCUAACAGGUGCUUUUCCUGAUCCCACUGUAGAUUGGCUGGCAAUUCAAAAUGAUCGCAAAAGCACACUGGCUUCUGUCUGCCUGAAGAAUAACUUUCUUAAAUUGAGAAGCAAAUUAGAUUCUCAUGUUGCAAACCAGCUCUUUGUGGAGCACAAACAUAAAUUUAUCUACUGUGAGGUGCCCAAGGUAGGCUGCUCCAAUUGGAAGAGAACUAUUUUUCUUCUCCAAGCAGACCUGAAUGCAGAAGCUUCUGAAAUUGAGCAUGAUCACAUCCACCAAACCUCGCUGAUCAAAAAGCUGGGGACUUACCCUCCUGCCAUACAAAAGGAAUUUCUGAAUAAUUACACCAAAGUGAUGUUCACCAGACAUCCUUUGGAACGGCUGGUUUCAGCUUACAGAGACAAACUUCUGCACUCUGAGCCGUUCUACAGUAUCACUGUUGCUAAUGAGAUUAGGGCAAUGUUCAGGAAAAACAAAAAUUCUUCUGAAAAAGUGAGUUUCCAGGAGUUUGUCAACUUCAUUAUAGCAAAACCGCCUAAUACUCUUGACAUUCACUGGAAACCAAUGUUUUUGCUCUGUGAUCCUUGCAACAUUCACUAUGAUAUUUUGGGUAAGUAUGAAACCCUUGGGUUAGAUUCUGAGCAUGUUCUGAAGGUCAUUGGAGCACCAGAGAGCCUGCACUACCCCAGCUUGAAGAGGUAUGGCUCAGAGAAACGAACUAAUGGUGAUAUCACCUUGGAAUAUCUCAGACAGUUGAACUCAGAACAAAUCAAGAAAAUAAAAAAAUUGUAUCAAAUGGAUUUUUUCUUGUUCAACUAUACUAUGAAAUAUGAGGAUUAUUUUUCUCUGAAUGACUAAUGUAGGUUAGAGAAAGAACAGUUUCCUUUGUACAAAAUGGGCUGAACCUGUCCUCACGGGUGCUUGAUAGAUGGGUUGGUGACUGACUGCUGCUGAGAUUUUACUGGUGUUUGGAGACAUUGUUUAUCAUCCUAAGCACUCUUAUAGCAAAUCCCUGCCGUGAUCUGUUGUACUGUGCAGUAUUUUACCUAUAUGAAAUUAUUGUCUUCCUGUUGAUCCUUAAUGGCCUAUCUUUGUUUUAGGAAGACUGUUUAUAAAUUGUAGAUUUUGGUCUGUUGGUAAGAGUUAGGGGAAGGAUGAAGAAUGUUGUUUUUCACAACGAAUAUUUUUAGAACACCAUUUUUUUAUAUAAAUGAUUUUAAUUUUUUGUUAGACAUAUGAAGCAAUAAAUAAUCUGCUUUAGAGUCAAACCACUCUUUGUCUGCAAGAGCCUCAAUCAUGAAUCUUGUAGGAAAGGAGCAAGUAACUUCAGAUGCUUGAAGCUGCUUUACACAGAACUUAAUGCCAGAUUAUAUUCCCCUCUAGCAGUGCUCUCACCACAGUCCACUGGCCUCAUCCCUCAAGCAGCAAUCCAGCCAGGGUUUCCCUUGUAUCUGUUCACCAGCCAACGUUUCCCUUGUAUCUCUUCAAAAUCUUCUGGUGAGCAGGUCUGGUGUUCAUGGUGACUUUGCAAACUCUUUCACCACCUUUGAGAGCAUUAUGGUCUGAUUUAAGAGGGAAGGUCUGAAAAAUGUAUCUUUUUUUAGAGAAGUUGUUAGAGAUACCUUCUAAACUGUACAACUGGGGUGGUGCAGGAUCUAAAAUCUCAGUGGAAAGGUGACUCUUACCCGUUCUCCAAAAGCACUUACCACCCAGUCAGCUGACUGGCCAGUCAGCACAGAGGAGACAUUUGGGCUUUCCCCAUUUUUGCCUGCUGGAGCACAUGAGCCCUUGGGACUUACCUGAGCAUGGAACUUAGGUGGAGCUGGGUUAACCUUAGGUAAUACCUUUGUUCUGCCUGUUGCUUUCUCACCUCACAGGAGGUUGAGUGCAAAUCAGUUGCAGCAUUAUGGUGAGGGGAGCAAUGAAGCAUGUGAGAGAAGCAACUCAAACCAUUAUCCACUUCUUAUACACCUAGGUGGCUUUGGUUUUAGAUCACUGAGGGGUCUAUAACUGCUACUAUAUUAAGUACAAGACUUGCCCCAUUUUGUUGAAAAUCUAUUGCCUAGUCACAUGGAAAAUUAAUUUGUGACCAUAUUAAUCGUAGCAAGUUUUAGAAACUAAUCGUGAGUAUUAGCACCACCUUUAGGAGAUGUCAGUCUCUCAGGAGCUAACUUGAAAAUCUCUCAAAUGCACUUAGUUCCUGUCAGCUAUAUCUGCAAAUGUACAAAGGUUGGCAGGUUAGCCUUGGACCCAAAGUUGGCUGACAGCUUCUCAUUACAUAGAAAAGGACAGGGACAAAAUAACUUAAUCACGCUGCAGCUACCAAUCUGUAUAGCCAUUGCCACUAGCAUGGCCAAGGGAGAGGGAAAAGGAGACUGGGAAAAAUGGAUGCAAUGAGAUUUUAGGCUUAAGGGUUGUGAAGAGAGCUCCCAGUGCAGGGAGUGGGAUGCAGGGGUGGUCUACACCAGAGGCAAGAUGCAGUGAUAUAUUGGACAUCAGCUGGAGACACUGAUGAGACCAUAGUGACAGAAGGAGGCAGAGGGAGACAAUCUCUGUGUUCCCCCUUGAAGGCAGAUGGUACACAAAGCCAGGACUACCAUUCAGUACAUCUGACAGCUCUUGCAUGGCUGACUAUUCCAUAAAUGGGGCAGCUCUGGCACAGGGAGAGAUCCAAAAUGAGAAGACCAAGCAAGAACAGCAAAACAAUUUUUUUUUUUUUUAAAUAGCUUGUGAUUUUAUGUGGAGUGAUUCAUGGUUCUGGACCUUAUCCUCACCACCACCAUAUUUGGUGUCCCCACAGUCCUACUAUCCCCUGAUGCUGGAUUGCUCAUGUCACCCUGGCAACCCUGGAGUUCACGUGGAUUUUUUUUUACUUUUUAAUUGUGCUGAGGCAGAGGAAGCUGGAAAUUACUCCCAUCAAAGUUAAGGCUAUGCAGAGGGAUGCAGUCUCUCUCUCUCCCUCUUUCAGAGCCCUCUCCAGCUAUGUGCUUCUCCUACUUUCUUUGCCAGGUCAUGCAGAGGAAGAGGGGAAUAAUCCUUGCUUCAUAACUUGCUUCUACAUGAUAGAUCCCUCUAGAGCUAUAAGCUUCAGCAGAAAUACUUCAACUUUCUGGCACCAUCAGCCAGCCUAGGAAAACUCUGAAGAAAUGAUGCUGACAGAGUUUGAUAGGUGUCUUUGCUGUCAGAACUCUAGUGUUAACACUCCCCUCCAGUUUCUUGCUGUUAGAUGUGAGUGGCUUUCUAUUCUUAUUUCCUCUUUCACACAGGAUUACAUAUUCUUCCUACAGUGGUGGCAGAAAACGAAUGGCUAAUUCAUUCAUCACAAGCACUAGUCAGUAGCAGAAGGCUAUCUGUUGAUGCAGAAAAAUCUCUGUAACUAUUCACAAUGGACUUUCAGUUUUGACAUUUGCCUAUAAGAAACUGUAAGUAGCACAUUGCCUGGAACCACUGGCUGCUAUAAUGCUCUUUAGCUGGUGUGGGUCUCAACAAAAAAACCUGCAGAGGACAUGUAUGUGCAUGUGUGCACAUAUAACAUCAGUUUUAGGAAGGAGUGUCAUGCAAGAACAGUCUAAGUUGUGCAUUACCAACGCUAGCAAAAUGAGAAUAACGGGUUGAUAUCUGUUAGAAAAGAGAAAAAACAGACAUUAGCUUAUAAAGGAUCUUGUAAAAUUCCCCUGCAGGCAUCUUUUAACGUUUAACCCAAUUUGCUGCAUUUCCAUUUCUGUGAGCUUGAGAAUACUUCCUAACACCCCCCUCACCCAAGAGCUGCUGUGCAGUGGUGCAGGAAUACAUAAGAGCUCUGCAAUAUGUUUCAGAGUUAAUGAAAACAAUGGCGACUUGCUAUAGGUUGUAAAAAGCUUUCACAGCUUGUGAAGAUGGGCAUGGAAGUUUGAACUGAGCUCAAAAAAUGAGUCUGCAGGAGAAAAUUGCAAGGUCUUUAGUAUUUGCAUUGAGUUGGCUGUAUUUUUUAGCGAUCGUUGUCAAGCAGCAAUGCUUGCAGAAAACUCUGGUCUAUAAUAUUCCCUAACGUGUGAGCGACAGCCCAUUGCCCCAAGCAGAGUAGGGACUGUACCACCUUGUUUAUUCCCCAGGCGAACCCAAGGCUCAUUCCACUGGACAGCCUUAUAAGUUUGCCGAUGAAAGGACUUACUGUUAUUUCAUUCUUGAUAUUGUAAUGUAAUAAAAGUUGAUGAAGGCUCUGGACCUUGUCCUAGUCAGCCCACAAGAACUGCAAAACACCUGUAAACUUUAUGAUGAAAAUGAUAAGAUGACUGUCUCUUCAUGGCCUGGGAGAGAGAUUUCCUGUACUGUCUUCCCUACAAGUGUACUGUCCAGAACAAAGGCUCUAAGCUGAGCUGGCCUCCCUCCUGCCUUUGCCUAGAGAAGAACCCCCAGUGGAGCUUCUUUCCUUUGGGUGCUAACUCUGGGUGAUGUUUUCCUUGGAGGAAAGUGGGUGCUUGCAGUUGGGAGCAGGGGUGGAAGCAGCGUGGCUUGACUUGGGGCUUGGACCCCAGGGUGAAUUAGAAGGGGUAGGGGGUGCCAUAAUUCAUCUUCUAAUUUAUUGUUAUAUGCCUGUGAUAUGACUGUUGCUAUGUUUCAUUUCUAAUUACCAUAAUAAACUGUAGUGAGUUAA